AUGUCCGGCCUAUCCAUGCUCCUCGUCGCCCUCUGCACCCCCAUCUUCGCCCUCCCAAACCCACGCGUCCCAACAUGGACCACCCUAAGCUCCAUCCCAUCUCCUCGUCAAGAACACACCACAUUGUUUCUACCACCCUCAACCAUCGCCAUCAUCGGCGGCAUCAUCCCCCUCGACGAUCCCACUCUAGUCCCACCCUUUGCUACUACAUCGUUGAUGCAGUUCUACAACAUCACCUCUGAUACAUGGUCACUCGGUGCCCCAAUACCCAAGCCGCUGAACCAUAUCAACGCAGCAGUAGUAGAUGGAAAGAUAUACGUGCUAGGUGGCUUGACAGACUCUAGCGACCAUCGUGGUCGUGCAUGGCGUGGAGCCACCGACUCAUGGGUGUACGACCCUUCCGAGGAUACAUGGUCUGACAUAUCGCAUGAUUCACUCGGAGCCCAGGGACGCGGAAGUGCCGCUGUAGGCAUCUUCAAUCGCAAAAUCUACAUGGCCGGCGGUAUCACCGAGCUCGAGUUCUACGGCAACCACACACAAACCAGCGUUGACCUGGUUUCAGUCUUUGAUACAGAGAAAAACAUUUGGCUCCAUGUACCCGAGGGUGCGAGCAAAUUGCCAGAAGCAAGAGAUCAUGCUGGUGGUGCCGUGGUGGAGUCGAAAAUGUAUGUCUUGGGCGGAAGGAACAACGGACAGGAAAACAACAAGGACACGGUGUUUGUGCUUGAUCUGUGCGACUUGGAAGCAGGAUGGGCAAUCAGUGACGCCCGGAUGCCGACAGCAAGGGGUGGUAUUGCUGCUGGAGUGGUGGGACACAAGGUAUUUACGUUUGGGGGGGAGGGCGACACAUCCACUGCCAGCGGUGUGUUCGGCGAGGUUGAGGCGUAUGACACAGCGAAAAAUACGUGGGAGAGUUUUGAGAAGAUGAAGCUUCCGAGACACGGCACCUACGCGGUAGGAGUCGGUAGAAAGAUAUACAUACCGGGCGGUGGGGUUGAGCAAAGUGGAGCGCCGGUCGCAGACUUCGAUGUUUUUACUACAACGUAG